AUGGCUGUAUUAGAGGCGUUAUUCUUACUCGGCGUGCUCGCGCUUUCCAUAGCGAUCUCCCUCAUCGUUACUGUACCAUUGACGGGUGCACUCGUACGACUUAGGGCCAACUACAAUCCGAGAGGACUUCAGCUUGAUCCUGAAGGAAAUGUUGAACCCCACACGGGUCCUGUGGUAACGUCGUUUUUCGGCAUGCUGAAGAGAGUGAAACGCAUUGAAGGUUGGAGCGGGUUAUACAAGGGAAUGAUGCCGACUUUGCUGGCUAGCGCAGUGCUCACCGCGUUCGCUGUGAUUGCUCUCAACUCUACGAGUGCCAGUUAUCAUGGUAGGGUCAAUCCUCCCUCAGCUGGACCCUUUGGCGUCCUAGCCUACGGAUUGUUCAGCAUGUUGAUUUCUCUUCCGGCUACCAUCAUAACGUAUCGGUCAAUCACGACGCCAUACAAACUUCCAUACUUCCGCCCCAUCUAUUCUCUCCGGAUAUUACUUACACCAACAGAACGACGGAAGCCGUGGAUCUUGUACUUGACUCCCGGACUUCUUCUGUCCCAAAUCCUACAUGUCGUUUACACCGCUUUCAUCCUGCGCGCUCUCAGAUCCUUCUUGGUACCCCUUCCCUCGCCAGGUGACGCCUCGGAUGUCCAUUUCAGUUCUAUCAAAUUUGGCAUAUAUGUGGGUAUUGAGAUAUGGAGCACAGCGGUCCUAUGCCCCCUCGAAGUCUUGGCGACGAAACUGGCUAUUCAGCGUAACCACGCUGCUCCCGAGUAUAAUUCAGUCGAGCAAGAGGUCGAGGAAGACGCUGUUAUGACAGAGGAGUAUACGGAGUAUUCUGGCGUUGAGGAGGACGUUAUCGGCUUGCGGCAUGAAAAAGACCCGUACCUUGGUCUUGUGGACUGCGCAAAGAGGGUGGUUGAUGAAGAGGGCUGGAAAGCUCUCUAUCGGGCCUGGUGGCUCACUAUGUUGGGUGGUGUAUUGAGCGCGUUCGCCAGUGCUGCCCCGUCACUGUCGUAG